UCCCAGCCACAGUCAGUGUGUUUUCAGCAGGCGCCCAGUCAACGGAUCGUUCUUCCACGUACAUUUGCGUAGUGCAGCCAAGAAGCCAAGAUAUCACCAUGAAACCAAACUUUUUUCUGGUCGUUCUAGUGGGGCUCUUGGUGGGAGCAAGCAGCACAUUAGCACAAGAGAUCUUUGGGUAUUGCACAACGCCAGAUGAGAGCAGCGGCACCUGCAUCGCCCUGAGGGAAUGUGGGUAUCUCUUCGAACUGGUUCAACGCGGAGCGGUUUCUGACCAAGACCGACGAUUUCUACGAAACAGUCAGUGUGGUUUCCGCAAUGGACAGGUCCUUAUUUGCUGUGCAAAUAGCCGCAUGCGUGUUAGUCCUUCAAGACUCCCCGGAAACAGUCUACUGCCUCAGGCCCCCAAUUGUGGCGAAAAUUUUGGAGACCGUGUCGUGGGCGGCAAGGAGACAGGCAAGCGCGAGUUCCCUUGGAUGGCGCUAAUUGAGUACACGAAGCCCGGUAACUUGAAAGGUCACCACUGCGGCGGAUCUCUGAUAAACAAUCGAUACGUGCUCACGGCAGCACACUGCGUCUCGGCCAUCCCCAGCGACUGGCAGCUGACUGGAGUGCGCCUGGGCGAAUGGGACGCGAGCACCAAUCCGGAUUGCACCACCGGCAAAAACGGUCGGCGGGACUGCAACGAGCCCUACAUCGACUGCCCUGUUGUAGAGCGGAUUCCGCACCCACAGUACCCGGGAAACUCCCGUGACCAGUUAAAUGACAUCGCGUUGCUGCGACUGCAGGAUGAAGUUCAGUACACUGACUUUAUCUCACCAGUGUGCUUGCCCACUCUGGCGUCGCAACGCAACGAUAUUUUUCUGGGCCGCAAGGUUGUGGUGGCCGGAUGGGGUCGUACCGAGACGAACUUCACGUCCAACAUUAAGCUAAAGGCGGAGUUGGAUCCGGUGUCGACCGAUGUCUGCAAUCAGCGCUACGCCAGCCAACGCAGGACUGUCACUGCCAACCAGAUGUGCGCCGGGGGAGUGGAGGGUGUCGACUCCUGUCGCGGUGACUCCGGAGGGCCUCUCUUGCUUGAGGACUAUUCCAAUGGAUAUUCUAACUACUAUAUUGCCGGAGUGGUGUCCUACGGACCCACGCCCUGCGGCUUAAGGGGAUGGCCGGGAGUGUACACAAGGGUGGCGGCGUACUUGGACUGGGUAGAGAACAAUGUUAGGCCCUAGUCCAAGCUUAUAUAAAUUACCAGUGUUGAGACAUGCCACAGCAAAUAUCAAUUUUUAAUACAAGGAAAAUUAUACAAUAAAUAAAGUUAUCUUGUGUAAAUUA